AUGAAUAAGCAUCUCUUCUACAGCAUAGUUAUCUUCAUUCUUCUGGUCAUUAUAAGCUACUCCUUUUUAUACUAUGUCAAAUUAGAUUUCAUAGAGUUUACGAACUUUGGGCAAAAAAAAGAAUUUCUUUCAAGGACAGAGGAAUCCGUCACUAAUAAGUCACAGAUUAUAGGGGAACCAAAACCUCUGACCGGUAUGUGGACUAUCAAUGCUGCGGGCCGGUUGGGUAAUCUAAUGGGAGAGUAUGCCACACUUUAUUCUCUUGCAAAGAUGAAUGGACGACAAGCUUAUAUAUUACCAGAGAUGUACAGCCAGCUGGCCAAGAUCUUUAAAAUAAGAUUGCCAACACUUCACCAGGAAGUAAGUAACCGCAUCAAAUGGAGGAAUUAUGGACUUCAUAACUGGAUGUCUGAGGAGUACCGACAUAUUAAAGGAGAAUAUGUUCAUCUUAGUGGCUACCCAUGGUCUUUUACAUUUUACCACCACAUAAAAGACGAGAUUCUUCAUGAAUUUACAUUCCAUGACUUUAUUAAAGAAGAGUCUUAUGUGUAUCUGAACAAUGUGCGUGGUGACAAGAAAAAUGUCACUUUUGUGGGUGUGCAUGUCCGUCGAGGUGACUAUGUGCGUGUUAUGCCCAACACACGGAAAGGGGUGGUUGCUGACAAAGGAUAUUUACAAAAAGCCAUGGAUUAUUUCAGGAACAAGUAUGAAAGCCCGCUGUUUAUUGUGACCAGUAACGGGAUGGACUGGUGUAAAGAAAACAUCAAUAAUUCAUUGGGAGAUGUUCACUUUGCUGGAGAUGGUCAAGAGGGAUCUCCAGUACGGGACUUUGCCCUUCUGGCACAUUGCAACCACACCAUUAUGACUAUUGGGAGCUUUGGUAUUUGGGUGGGCUAUCUAGUUGGUGGUGAAACCAUCUACUUAACAAACUACACACUGCCUGACUCUCCUUUUCUUCAAAUCUUUAAAUAUGAAGCUGCUUUCCUUCCAGAAUGGAUUGGGAUUCCCGCAGACCUCUCUCCACUUUUGAAUAACAAGAAUCCGUAAUGAUAACUCAGGAACUCCUCUGGAGG